AUGAUGGAUAGGUAGACGAAACAAGAGGAACAGAUAGCAGAAACAAGAAGUAGAGAAAUGGCUAUGGCUAUUGCUUCUUUCCGCAUUGUAUUUCGUCACAUGUUACACGCCAACAACACCUAUAACUGCUUCUUCACUCUCCCACCCCGACCCACGUGUUUUCUUAUAAAUCGUCGCGCCACGUGGCGGCAGUGUCUUAUUUCUUCUCGUGCAAGUUCAACUAAUAACUACAGUUACAAAGUUGUUGUGAAGAAAGACGAGCGAGUUGAGAAUGAAAACACUGAUGUUGUAAACUCGACAACAAUUGCAGCCAUUGUAACAUCGUUAGGUGGUCCCCCUGCUGCCGUCGGAAUCGUUCGCCUUUCGGGUCCUAGCGCGGUGUCUAUUGCGUGUCGGGUAUUUCGACCCGCGAAGAACAUGUGGCAGCCUACUAGUCAUGUUGUUGAAUACGGCGUCGUAUUGGAUUCCGAUGGAAAUGUCAUCGAUGAGGUUUUGGCGGUUCCCAUGCUUGCACCGAGAUCGUAUACUCGUGAAGAUGUGGUUGAACUUCAAUGUCAUGGGAAUGAAGUGUGUUUGCGUCGUGUGCUUAGAACUUGUUUGGAAGCUGGAGCAACACUUGCAUAA